AUGGCUGCUCCCAUUCUUUUCUUCGGAUUCCUGGCUUUGUCCUUCUCCUUUGCCCUAGCAUCGGAUCCAAGCCCACUUCAAGAUUUCUGUGUGGCAGAUGGAGAUAGCAAUGUUCUUGUCAACGGUUUGGCUUGCAAGGACCCCAAGACGGUUCAAGCUAGUCACUUCUCUUUCAGUGGACUUCACUUGGCAGGCAACACAUCAAAUGCCGUAGGGUCUAGGGUAACCACAGUUAAUGUGGCCCAAAUACCAGGACUUAACACACUUGGAAUCUCUCUUGUUCGCAUUGACUAUGCACCAUGGGGCAUCAACCCUCCACACACACACCCUCGUGCCACCGAAAUCUUGACAGUCCUUGAAGGUUGUCUUGAAGUUGGAUUUGUUACAUCUAACCCUGAAAACCGUCUCAUCGCAAAAGUUCUACAAAAGGGUGAUGUGUUUUCGUUCCCUAUUGGUCUUGUUCAUUACCAAAGAAAUGUGGGAAACGGUAAUGUAGUUGCCAUUGCAGCUUUGAGCAGCCAGAAUCCAGGUGUGAUCACCAUUGCAAAUGCUGUGUUUGGUUCUACCCCAGAGAUUCCUGUUGACAUUCUUGCAAAGGCUUUCCAGUUGGACAAGAAUGUAGUCAAUUCCCUGCAAUCAAAGUUCUAG